AUGCGCGGCUCCCCUAGCCGCGUCUCCCCGGCGGGCCCUCUGCGCCUGCGCACCCGGCGCAGCCCGUGUAGUGUCGGCGGGUUUCCGGGAGUCGCGCGGGCGCCGCGCAGCUUGCUCCCCGGCCUGCGCGCGGCCCGCCGGCCCAGCAGAGGGCGCUCGCCGGCACGACCCUCGGUUUCUGCCCCCGGUUCUUCCCUUCCCUGCUCCGAAGUGAGGGAUUUACCCGAACUAAGCGGGCGGGGAGGCUGGAGAAGAAGCUGCCUAACGGCCGGCCGAGGCGGCCACCGCCUGAGGGGAGCCCGCCCUGCAGCCCGGGGCCCCGGCCGAGCGCAGCCCCGCCUGCGGCCUCGAGAGCGGGACCCGAGGACCCGGCGCGGCCAGAAGCUCUUCGGAGGAGCCAGCAUUAAGGCCGAGGGAGCGGCCGCGAGUCUCCCCCUCCCACCCGACACUCCGCGACGGCAGUUAACACAUCUGAACGCGCCCAUCCUCAACCUGUCAGUUGCACCGGGAAGCCUCUCCCGCGCCCGUCCCCACCGCCCAGCCACGCAGCUCUGCAGUCACCACCUCAACGACCCGCUCCGAAACCCCACAGCCUCCUCUUGGUCGACCCGAGACACGCACUGCCGAGUCCACGCGGUCCUGCGCUCCCUUGCCGCACCCGCCGCAGCGUCGCGCUCCAGGCGGCCGCGGCACCCUGGGGCCCUAAUGCUCAGUCCUGGGUCUCCACCACCCCACACCUUUCCCCGGCAGCGGACCCGCAGCCUCCAGCUCGCCGUUUCCGCAGCCGUCUCCACGCCGAAUAUCCAGCUCCCACGGACGGUCCCACCGGGCGGCUCAGGCACACACCCCCUCACCGGGUCUGAAACAGAACUCAUCACCGUCUUCCUCGAAACUGGCCUCGUGCAGACUGCCCCACAUUAGGUGAAUGGCACAGCCAUCUCGCCACCCUCCCCACCAAGAUGUAAGCCACCAACUGGGUGUCACACGCUGAUCUGAACGUCUAGCUGAUAACACAAGGGUGAGCGUAUCAGACGAGACCUCUGCCUUAUCAGGGCUGGUCCAGUGAUCGCACACGUUCCGACCGCGCUGGACGAUGUGGAGGACGGGUACAGGGUAGCACAAGAGGGCACAACAGGAUGGGUCCCAGAGGUCGUGGAAGGCUUCCCGGGGGCCGUACUUAAGCUGUUCCCUGAAGGACGAGCAGGACUUCACUAGGUGAGGAUAAGGCGUCCACCCCAGGCGGAGAGGAGAGUGGAGUGGAGGGAGUUGAUCACUCGGCAGCCGAUUCCCCCACCCCGAGCAACCUGGAGCCUCGUCCAGUCUGGCCUCCAGGAGAGGAAGCAGCUGCUCUCAACACCAGUGCUGUGGAGGCCAGCAGCGCUUCCUCCAAAUCCAGCUCACAACCGAGAGCCCAGACCUCGUUCCACCCCAAGGGUCGGCACCACGCGACGCGGCCACCACUGGGCGCGCUCACCCCACAGGCCAGCGGCGAGCAAGGCCACGUUGGGCGAGGCAGGAACGAGCCGGGUGACUCGGCGACGGCAGGC